AUGGACGAAAUAAGCUUCAUGGCCAAGGAGCAGGAGAAAGUUCUCACCCCGCAUCACGACGCCCUGGUCAUAUCGCUCACUGUAGCGAACUGCCUAGUGAAAAGGAUACUGGUAGAUAAUGGAAGCUCCGGAAACAUCAUCUUCCUGGCCGCAUACAAGGACCUAGGGCUGGAGGAAAGCGCUCUAACUCGGAGGAUAACCCCACUUAUUGGGUUCAGCGGGGAAGUCAAACAAACCGCCGGAGAGGUGAACCUCCCCGUAUACGCCGAAGGGAUCAAAAUGUCAACCAAGUUCCUCAUUGUUGACUGCGACUCGUCAUACAAUAUGAUUCUAGGACGGCCCUGGAUUCACGGUGUGGGAGCCAUCCCUUCAACUCUUCACCAAAUGGUGAAAUUCCCUACAUCUUGGGACAUAAAGGUGAUUAGAGCGGAUCAGGAGUAUUCCCGCUCCUGCUACCAGACUACUCUGAGGGAAAGACCAAGGUCUUAUAGCAAUUACAGAGCAAGCCUCCGGCUCAUCACACCGAGGAACCAGAGACAAACGAGAAGGAAGUUCGCUCCCGAAAGAGACGCCAUCAUCAACGAUGAAGUCAAGAGCCUGCUCGGCGUGGGGUUCAUUCGUGAGGUGCAAUAUCCGGAAUGGCUAGCCAACGUCGUCGUGGUCAAGAAAAAGAACGGGAAGUGGAGAGUCAGCAUCGACUUCACGGACCUCAAUAAGUCAUGUCCAAAGGACCCCUUCCCACUUCCUCAUAUCGACAAGCUGGUGGACUCCACCGUGGGGCAUCCGCUGAUGAGCUUCAUGGACACGUUCUCAGGCUAUAAUCAGAUACUUAUGCAUCCAAAGACUAGGAGAAAACAUCCUUCUUGA